UCGGUGUAUAUAAAGAGUCACAAGAGUUGAGCAGGCACAAUCAUCUUCUCUGAGAGUCUAAGGCGUUAAACAAGGUUGUUAUAUUUAAUUCAUACAAGCCAACAGCAAGUUAUCUUUCACAAAUAGAAAAUGAAGUCUUCCUUUGCCUCAAACCAAGCUGGUGGAUCUAAACUCAUAACCUCAUGGAGCAUCUAUCUUCAUCUAAUGUUGUGCAUGUCGAUGGGGGGGGUGUCCGGCUGGUCCUACUUCCACUCCAACACCACCAUGGACUGGGAAUCGGCCAGAGACUGGUGCCGGGAGCACUACACGGACAUGGUGGCCAUCCAGAACCAGGGGGAGAUUGCACACCUCAACAGCAUGCUGCCCAAGAUACCAGGGUACUACUGGAUAGGGAUCCGCAAGGUGGACAACGUGUGGACCUGGGUCGGCACCAACAAGAGCCUCACAGACGAAGCCACCAACUGGGCGAAGGGGGAACCCAACAACGCCAAGGACAGCAAGUCGGGGGCCACGAGCGAGGACUGUGUGGAGAUGUACAUCAAGCGGCAUGUAGAGGCGGGAAUGUGGAACGACGAGCAGUGUGACAAGUCGAAGACGGCCCUGUGCUACGCAGCUGCCUGUAAGAAUGACUCCUGCCUCCACGGGGAGUGUGUGGAGACCGUCAACAACCACACGUGCCAGUGCUUCGAGGGCUUCUACGGAGACACGUGUGAGCAAGUCGUGCGGUGCGAUCCGGAGAAGGUGGUGGCCCCAGCCAAAGCAACGGUCAGCUGGUCUCACGCGCACGGCAGCCAUGCAUACGGCUCCCUGGCCACCUACUCCUGCCAGGAAGGAUACGAGCUCAGCCAUCCUGAUCCGAUGAGAUGCACCGCAGCCGGCUCCUGGUCGGAAUCCCCCACAUGUGAACUGGUUCGGUGUGAAGAGUUGUCCCAACCGACACACGGCGCCGUGGAAUGUGAAAACCCACUCGGAAAUUCCUCUUACCGGUCUUCCUGUGUGUUUUCCUGUGAGGAGGGUUACACCAUGCUUCCUUCCCAGUCCGACAGCCUGCUCUGCGGAGCCACGGGUCGUUGGAAUGACUCGGUGCCAGUGUGUGCAGCUGUCCAGUGCCCUGCUCUCUCGGGGACGGACAACAUGGCCGUCCUGUGUGAAGGGGACGGGUUCAGCUAUGGCAGCAGCUGCAGCUUCACGUGCACACGGGGCUACCGCAUGCGGGGCGCGCACACCACCAGGUGCACGGCGGCGGCGGCGUGGAGCGAAGCGGUGCCCAGUUGUGAACGCAUCAUCUGUGCGGUACCAGAAGCUGAUUCGCAGCACACGCUCACCCAGUGCAGCGACCCACCGAACCAACUGCUGCCGGGCUCCACCUGCAGCUUCAGCUGUGACGUAGGCUCUGAGCUCCAGCUAGAUCUCCAGCCUGUGAUUAAGUGCACUGAGGAUGGGGUGUGGAACGCAAGCGCACCCACCUGCAAAGUGGUUACCUGUGAUCCGGUCGAGGUACACACUGCUGGACAGCACUACAUCGCCCGGUGCUCCUCGCAUGGCAGUUUCCCGUACGGCACAACGUGCGAGUUCUCGUGUGAAGAAGGAUUCCGGCUUAGCGACCUAUCCCAGAACACCAUGGAAUGCACAAACCAAGGGACCUGGUCACAACCACCUCCUCUCUGUGAACCACUGCAAUGCUCUCCACCCGUGGCUCCAGAGUGGGGUCAGGUCAACUGUCAGCGGUCCCUCUCUUCUGCCCUGCCCUCCUCCUACCCGCAAGGCGCCGUCUGCAGCUUCACUUGUAAUGCCGGCUAUGUCCAAGAGGGGGCGCUCACCACCAAGUGCACACAGUCAGGCCAGUGGAGCUCCCCACCGCCUACCUGCACAGUGAUCACAUGCCCCGUGCUAGAGGCUCCAGUCCACGGCACUCUGAACUGCACACACCCGGACUGGACACACGCCUCUGAGUGUUCCUUCGCCUGUAACCAGGGCUACACCUUACACGGACACCAGUUCGUCACCUGUGGUCUCCAUGGCAACUGGACUGCGGAGACACCCGUCUGCCAAGCUGAGCCCCUGCUGAGUCCUACUGCGAUGGGGUUAGCCGCGGGGGGCGGCGCGUCGGUGGUCGGUCUCUCUCUGGCGGUCACCCUACUGAAACGACUCAGGAAACUGAAGGGCAGGAAGUUCUCUCUGGCCAGCAAUUCAGAUGUAGAAGACCCCCCUCAGCAUUACAAAAACAGCAUUGAGAGCCUCAUCUAGACUUCGGUGGUCCAUGGAGUCCUAUGGAGACAUCAACAGCCAAUAGAAAAUGGCUUAUCAGUCCGCAACGGAGACAGACUGUUCAUCCCCAAAGACUCCCUUUUCUUCAUCAAGCUUAUUCAAUAUUUAUUUACAUUUGGUUAACCUAUUGAUAAUUCCUAUUUUGUGUUAAGCAUGAAUGAAUGGUUUUUCAGCGUCAUUUUGACGCUGAAAAACCGGGGUGUCAGUGUCGGUAUGUGCGGUUGUUGUGUUUGAUGAGACAUGUUUUCUGCAGUGUUAUCCACGCAUAUCUUUCUCCCAAAGGGAGAUGUAUUUUGAACAUAUUGUUCUGCAAUUGUCCAGCAUGGCCUGACAUUAUGUAUAGUUUUUGUGUAUUCUACCAUGAGAUGAGAUAUUUUCUUUAUUUCCAUGUCUGACUGUGACAAUAAUUUAAAGUAUGUUCUGUAUAUUUAAAACUUUUGUAUAGCUGACUAUUGCUUUUCUAAUAAUAAUAAUUAUCAGUUUGUCUAAAAACUUUUCUAUUGUAUUUUGUUGUGGUCAAAUUAAGUGAAACUACAAAAUCAAAUAAACUAUUUUAAAUAAUC